AAUUUACGAAUCCUUACCAACUUUCGUUUCAAACCUUUUUAUGCUUAAAUAAAAAAAAAUUUGUAAUAAUGAGUGCUGAAGAAUUGAAAGCUAAAGGAAAUGAAGCCUUCUCCGCUAAAAAUUAUGAAAAAGCAAUAGAAUUAUUUACUAAAGCUAUAGAAAUAGACCCUACAAACCAUGUGCUUUAUUCAAAUAUGUCUGCCUGCUAUGCGUCGUUAAAGCAAUACGAUAAAGCUUUAGAAAGCGCAAAUAAAACUAUUGAAUUGAAAAAAGAUUGGGCAAAGGGCUAUAGUAGAAAAGGAGCAGCUCUUCACGGUCUUGGAAAAUUAGAAGAAGCUCGUGAUACUUACCAAGAAGGCCUUAAACACGACCCAAAUAAUGCCCAGCUAAAAAAAUCAUUCGAUGAAGUUGAGUCAGCCUUAGAUAAUGGUCCAUUUGGUAAAAUAUUCCCCGAUGAUAUAUUGGUUAAAAUCGCGUUAAAUCCACAAUUGAGACCGUACCUAGAUCAACCUGAUUUCGUUGAAAAAGUUAAAGCUAUACAAGCUGAUCCCAAACAAUUUAACGCCCAUUUACAGGAUGACCGUAUAAAGAAUGUAUUUAUGUAUAUACUGACUGGUUCAGUGAAUCCUCAAAGUGGUCCACAAGAACCACCACAGCCACAGCAACCACAGCAACCACCGCAACCUGAAGAGCAUAAGCCACCUGAACCACAGGAAUAUGACAUUCCUGAACCAACGGAAAAAACCGAAGAAGAACUUAAUAAAGAGAAAUCCGUCAAGGAAAAAGAACUUGGUAACACAGCAUACAAGAAGCGAGAAUUUGAGGAAGCAUUAAAACAUUAUGAUAAAGCUUGGGAAUUAGAUCCUACUAAUGCAUCAAUUUUAACAAAUAAGGCUGCCGUAUUAUUUGAACAAGAAAAGUACGAUGAGUGCAUCGAAACUUGUGAGAAUGCUAUCGAAGUUGGUCGUGAACAUCGUGUAGAUUUCAAAUUGAUUGCUCGUGCAUAUGGAAGAAUUGGAAAUGCAUAUUAUAAAUUAGAUAAAUUGGAUGAAGCAAUUAAAUAUUAUCAAAAAUCAUUAACAGAACAUCGUACACCAGAUACAUUAAAAAAAUUAAACGAUACAGAAAAAUUAAAAGUCAAGAAGGAGAAAGAAGCUUAUUAUAAUCCUGAAUUAUCUGAUAAAGCACGUGAAGAAGGAAAUGAGUUAUUUAAGAAAAAUGAUUUUGCUAACGCCGUAGCAAAAUACACUGAAGCUAUCAAACGUAAUGAAAAGGAUCCAAGAGCUUAUAGUAAUCGGGCUGCUUGUUAUACUAAAUUAAUGGCUUAUCCCGAAGCAUUAAAAGAUUGUGAAACUUGUAUUAGUCUUGAUCCUACUUUCGUUAAGGCAUAUAUUCGUAAAGCUGCUGUUGAAUUCUCGAAAAAGGAAUAUUCAAAAUGUAUGGAGACUUGUGAUGCAGCUUUAAAACAUGAUACAACCGGCCAACAUGCCGCGGAAAUUGCUAAACAAACACAAAAAUGUCGCGAAGCGAUGUGGCAAAGUAAUGCCAGUGGUUCACAAGAAAGUACCGAAGAAACUUUAAGAAAAGCCGCAAGUGAUCCUGAAAUUGCGAGAAUUCUUCAAGACCCUGUUAUGCAACAAAUUCUUCAACAAAGUCAGGAAGAUCCUCGUGCUUUUAAGGAACAUUUGAAAAAUCCUACCGUAGCAGCGAAUAUUCAUAAAUUAAUCAAUGCAGGAGUUUUGAGAACUGCCUAAAAAUUUAUUUUAAUUCUUAAACUAAAAAAAAAAUGAUGGCUGUUUGUUUUAUAUAAUGUAUUUAUGUAUUAUUUGCAUUUAAUAAAAUGUUAACAAAUUUAC